CCCUCGAUAUUUUUACCUACGUCAACUCUAAAUUCGUGUACGUAGAAAAACAUAUACGACAUCAGAUGACAUCGUUGUAUCGUGACGUUAUUCAACAACGUUGCGAGUUGGAAAAGGAAGUGUUAAAAAACACACUGUCCUUCGCUACUCUUCAGCCAGACGAAUUCGCUUAUCGGCUCAUGAAAGGACCAGGUUACAUGGCCGUCACUGCAGGGGAAGCCGUUCAUGUCAUCAAGUGUAUACCAGUGGACGUCAUCAUACGCCGCACUAAGGAAUGUUAUAUUGAACUACCGGUUACAGUACGCAACACUUCCCUCUUUAUCACACCAAAACCACACGUGUUGACCAAGAUGGGAACCAUACGAGAGUGUAGCUACGAAUUGCCAACCCUUUAUCGAAUUGAGGAUACAUGGAUUGAACUUAUUCCGGAGCCACGUGUUCGCAGAACAUCGUUGCAGCAGUUACAACCUAUGACAAGUAUGUCAUGGAAUUAUUUAACGCCGGGACCACUAGCUUCCAGCGGAAUAUAUUCCCAGGCGGAUCUUGAUAAAAUCAGGGAUCAUAUAAUGUUCCCUGCUGAAAAGCCAGCGUUACUUAACAGCAUGGCUCGUGGAAUCACCGGACACGUCAUGCCUGACGAUACCAUGUCCAUUUACAAUUUGUUGGAUGAAGCAUCAUUAAACAAAAUUGCUGAGUCAACUGCCAAACGGAUUUGGGGUGGAUUCAUCACAUUUGGAUCAGCCACAGCUGGAGUUUUUGGAGUAUUAUUAGUAGUACGACUAAUCAAGCUAGCCAUCGACACGAUGAUACAUGGUUAUGCUCUACAUUCAGCCUACGGAUGCAGUCUGUACGUGCUAGGAGCUAUCUGGAGCUCCUUGACUCAUCUGCUACUUUAUUUGGCCAGAGGUACAGCCAAACGCAGCCACACAGAUGGACGAGCAGAUCCCGAGGAACAACGAUCAUCGGAACCUGUGGAACCAGUAUUAUCGCAGUCUUUGUCGCAGAACAACCCUAGCAAUCAGCCAACUUCGCCGCAGGUGACUGACAGUGAAACCAUUGUAUACACAGACUUACAAAAACGUUUGCGUGAAUAUUAGAACCAUUUCCUCGAUUGCAUCGGAAAUGUUCUUAAAUAAGGGGGGGGAUGUGACGUCCUGACGUCCACCUCACACCCAUUUUUAA